AUGAUAAGAUGCAAAAAAGAACUUGGCGAAUCCACCAAAUCAAGACAACAAGAUUGUCGACAGCAGCUCCAAAACCAACAAAGACCUCAACACCGAUUAUCUCAACCUCCUGCUCGAGCACAAGCACAUCAACAACACUUCGACAACAGUGAGCUUGACAGCGACCACUACAACAACGACGACAGGGAGCCCGUCCACGGCCACACCAACAACAUCCACAUCGACACCGAACACGUCGACGACCACGCCAAAAACUGCAUCCUACAGUACGUCGAUGACAACACCAACAACUACAACCUCAAGCACUUCAACUACAACUCCUACAACUAUAGCUGUGAGUACAUCGACAGCCACGCCUACAACUACUGCCGUGAGCACAUCAACGACAAGUACUACAACAAAAACCGCGUCGUCAAAAAUCACGUCGACCCCGAAAGCAUCAUCAAUGCUCUGCUGAACGAACAAGCAGUAUAA